CGCGCAGACGUAAUGUUGUUCAUCCGAUCAGCUGACUUUGAAUGUGAUGCUAGUGAAGGUCCUCUGAAACGACAUACUAAUAAUUUUACUAUUAUGCGUUGAAAAUUACAAUCAGUGCUACAUUUUAUCAUACAGUGUACGAUUGUAUCAAAUCCAUCCACCGUAUAGGUUUUCAAUUUCAUCUUGUGGUAGGGCAGGAGAACAGAGGACGCAUACAGCCAUGACUGAGUUCUGGUUGAUUUCGGCCCCCGGCGAUAAAACUUGCCAGCAAACAUGGGACAAGAUGAACAUGGCUACCACACGCACCAACAACAUUUCCACCAACAACAAGUUCAAUAUCCCUGAUCUUAAGGUUGGAACCCUGGAUGUUCUUGUGGGUCUGUCAGAUGAGCUGGCUAAAAUCGACUCUUUUGUGGAAAGUGUUGUGAAAAAGGUGGCGCAGUACAUGGCAGAUGUGCUGGAGGACAGCCGAGACAAAGUCCAAGAGAACCUGCUGGCCAAUGGAGUUGAUUUGAUUACCUACAUAACAAGGUUCCAAUGGGACAUGGCCAAAUACCCAAUCAAACAGUCUUUGAAGAAUAUCUCCGAGAUCGUCACCAAGCAAGUGACUCAGAUCGAUAAUGACUUGAAGGCCAGAGCAUCUGCUUAUAACAACCUGAAAGGCAACCUCCAGAACCUGGAGCGGAAGAAUGCGGGAAGCUUGCUCACCAGGAGUUUGGCUGACAUUGUGAAGAAAGAGGACUUUGUGCUUGACUCAGAAUAUCUUAUUACCAUGUUGGUUGUGGUUCCAAAGAUAAACUAUGCUGACUGGCAGAGAACAUAUGAAAGCCUGGCUGAAAUGGUGGUUCCCCGCUCAACAAAUCUGUUGUUUGAGGAUGGAGAGAGUGGCCUGUUCAGUGUGACCCUCUUCAGAAAGGCGGUAGAUGACUUCAGGCACAAGGCCCGGGAAAAUAAGUUUGGUGUUCGUGACUUCCAGUACAACGAGGAGGAGAUGAAAGCAGAUAAAGAGGAGAUGACCCGCCUCUCCACUGACAAGAAGAAGCAGUUUGGCCCGCUGGUUCGGUGGCUCAAGGUGAACUUCAGUGAGGCAUUCAUAGCCUGGAUCCACAUCAAGGCUCUGCGUGUGUUUGUGGAGUCUGUCUUGAGGUACGGGCUGCCAGUCAACUUCCAGGCCAUGCUCCUUCAGCCCAAUAAGAAGAACAUGAAGAAGCUCAGGGAGGUCCUUAAUGACCUCUACAAACACCUAGACAGCAGUGCGGCCGUUAUAGACGCCGCCAUGGAUAUUCCUGGUCUGAACCUGAGCCAGCAAGAGUACUACCCUUAUGUUUACUACAAGAUCGACUGUAACCUGCUGGAUUUCAAAUAAGAUGUCACUAAACCUCUUUAUGUCAAUGAGAAAGCCUCGUGACAGAUUCCUAAAGCUUUCAUUUAUUUUCUUAUGUCACUUGAAGUUAUCUUUUAUUUCCAGUAUUGUUUUGCUUCCCCUGUCUGGCUCUCCAUCUUCCCUCUCCCAGCUGUGUGUUCCUGCUUCUGUGUAAAUGGGAGCUGCGCGUGCUCACAAGGCCAUACUGCAAUCUCACCGAAGCUGCAAAGCUCUUUUUAUUUUGUAUUAUGUUAUUCCUGUCGGUAUUACAAAGGGUGUCAGUCAACGUAUGUACAUGUACACUGUGUGAAAAUACUGAUCUCUUUGGGGUCCAAGAUCUAUCCUGUGCAAUGACGAAUGAAUUUAAAACCAUUCCUUUACUUGUGUCGAUAAUGAUGUCUUUAAGUGAAACUAUGUGAGUGGGUGGCCCAUUAUAACUGUGGCGUCAGGUAUUUCUUAACUCCCUCGUCGCAGGCUAACAUUAUGUGGUGCAUUUAGUUGUAGUGAUUAGCUCUGAUUGUGAUAUCAAAAAGCAAUAUGUUUUCAUGUGUAUAUUGAGCAUUCUUGUGUUAUAUAUUUUGAGUGUCACAGUAACACUACUGUGACACGAUUUUUUGGGAAAACAAAACAACCCAACAAGUAAGUAAACAAAUAAAUGUAUAUUUAAAAAGGA